AUGCAAAGCACGGCAAAUGUGUCGAAUGACACGAAUGGCGCGUCGACACGGCCGCCAUUGAAGAAACAAGAAAGCGAUAAAGACUUUGACGACUACUUCGCAAGUAUUCCUUUAUCAAGGCUCCUGUUACUCACUGUCCUUGGUUUCGUCGUUGGUCUCGCAUUGAGCUUCAGAAGUUCCACCGCCUACGAGCGCUACAACGAUGGUCGCAAAUACUGGGCACAACUCACUUUCGCGUCCCAAAAUCUUGCUCGCCUUAUCUGGAUACACGUCGACGAACGUCACGAGAAGGACACCGCGCUCGGCAAACAAGACCUUCUUGCCAAGAUCAACUGCCUAAACUUGAUCACUGCAUACGCAGUCGCACUCAAGCACAAGCUCCGAUUUGAGCCUCACAUGCAUUACGACGACUUGAAGCACCUAGUCGGCCACCUAGACACGUUUGCGCGCGAUGCCGAUCAGCCAGACAUGCACAAGAAGCCAAGUAUCUUCAAGACGGCAGGACAGUUCCUUGGGCUGCCAAUGGCUGAGUCGAACCCGCGCAAACUGCUGAAACGCUCUCGUGCCCCCCUUGGCAACCUUCCGCUGGAGAUUCUCAACCAUUUGAGCGUCUACAUGAAGUCGAUCUAUGAUAACGGGACCUUCAAGGUUUCCAUCUACCAAACGCAAUCCCUCAAUGCACUCACCACCUUUAACGAUGUGCUAGCGGGCACCGAGCGCAUUCUUUCAACUCCGCUACCUCUCGCAUACAGCAUUGCUAUUAGCCAGAUUACCUGGGUUUAUAUCCUCCUCUUGCCAUUCCAGCUAUACAAGCUCUUGGGGUACAUUACAAUCCCAGCGAGCGUCUUUGCAGCCUACAUAAUCCUGGGCAUUGCGCUUAUUGGCCGCGAAAUCGAAAACCCGUUCGGUAACGAUGUGAACGACUUGCCGCUGGACGCAUUCUGCCUGCAGAUCAGAAAGGACAUCGAUAUCAUUAUGAGCAAACCAGCUUCCAGUAUCGAGGAAGUGGUGAUGCACCCGGACAAUCAGCUUCUCUACCCGUUGAGUACUCUGGGAGGUGCAGGGUGGGCGGCGAAAAGUGUAGACGAGAUCAGGGAUGCGUUGGCAACUAAGCCUGGUCUGCACUUCCCUCUGGUUGACCACCACGAACAUCCAAAGCCAGGUCACUCAGUCAGUACUGGUGCUCGCCGUCGGAUGACGAGUGAGGAUCGAGCUGAGAUGGGCGAAGCCGGACAUGGUAGACAUAAUAGCAGUGCAGGCGAUGGUGGAGACUGA